AUGAAGCAUUCGGUAGCGAAAUGUGACAAGAAACGAAAGAGGGAAGUAGCAGCCGAAAUAACUAAGUUGGAAGAGGAGAUGAAAAAUCGUCAUGAAAAGGAGCUGGCUGAGCUGCAGUCAUUUUCACCAUCGAAGAAUGUUGAGGAGUCCGCUGGUGCAGAGAAUCAAAGUCCAGAACAAGAAACGAAGCCUCAGCGCGUUUCGAAAGCGCAAAAAAGACGAGAAAAAAAGGCGGAAUUGAAUAGGAAGCUUGAAGAAGCUGCAGAAGCGGACAAAACGAAUGCUAAAAGUACACGAAGAAAAUUAGAAAUGGAUGCAAUAGAACGGAUUCUUUCGGAACGAGGACUUGUGAUACACGAAAUCCCACCGGACGGUGACUGCCUCUACAGUUCACUUGCUCAUCAGCUUUCGAUUGUUUCUGAAAUCAAGGUUAAAAGCAGUGAUCUGCGUCAACAAGCAGCUGCAUACAUUCGAUCUCACAAGGAGUCUUUUCGGCCGUUCUUGCUGAAUGAUAGUUGCGAAGAAAUGAAUGACACUGAAUUUGAUGCAUACUGCACGGGUGUUGAAAAAAGCUGCACAGAUGGGGGCGAAUGGGGUGGCGCACCCGAGCUUCGAGCAAUAGCUUGUAAUUUGGAGAGACGUAUCGAGGUUGUGCAGCCAACCGAACAAUACCCAAAUAGCAUUUUGACAUUUGGUGAAGAAUUCGAAAAAACAGAACCUCUGGUUAUCACAUUCCAUCGAUAUGCAUACGAACUGGGCGAGCACUACAAUUCAACAGCACCUUUACAAUCCGUCGACGAUUCAUCAUCAUUGUGA